CGCGGCUCGGAAGGCCCAACUGGAGGGCGGGGACUGCUGCGGCUGCCUUGGGAACGGCGCCGCCUCUACUCGGCUACCCCUUGCUGAGCGGUCUUGUGAAGCCGCUCGGUGGGUUAGGCAGCCCGGGGUCGCUUAGCGACCGAGGAGGCGACCGCCAUCCUUUCCCCCUGCAGGGCCGCGAACACCCGAAGACGAAACAGAGCUGUGGACGCCAGACCAUCUGCCCACCAGCGCAGCACGGGUACAGAAAGGGGGCGCGGACAGGGGAGGGGGAAGCCCCACAGGCACCGAGUGACUCCCAGAUUGGAGAAUUGGUGACCGCGAAGCAGAGGAAGGAGCGCUUCGGUGGCCCUGCUGCGCCAAGGGAAGAGGUCAUCAAAGCUGAAUACGAACUUGAAUUCUGUGCGGCUGAUUGCAGAGCUGUUCCUACUGAGAUUCAAGGCAAGCACAGCCUAGAACAUUGCUUUGAGGAUUUCUGCAGAUAAGAGUUUUCUAAAAAGCCUGAGCAUCUUGUUUUAUUUAGAUAUUCUACUGUACUCAGUCAUGGCUAGCAUCAUUGCACGACUGGGUAACAGCCGUCAGCAGAACACAUCCUUGCCUCCUUGGGCCCAUUCCAUGUUGAGGUCAUUGGGAAGGAGUCUCAGUCCUCUAGUGGUCAACAUGGCAGAGAGAAACAUGAAGUUGUUCUCAGGGAGAGUAGUGCCAGCCCAGGGGGAAGAGACCUUUGAAAACUGGCUGAUCCAAGUCAAUGGGGUCCUGCCAGAUUGGAAUAUGUCUGAGGAGGAGAAGCUCAAGCGUUUGAUGAAAACCCUUAGGGGCCCUGCCCGGGAGGUUAUGCGUUUGCUUCAGGCAGCCAACCCCAACUUAAGUGUAGCAGAUUUCUUGAGGGCAAUGAAAUUGGUGUUUGGGGAGUCUGAAUGCAGUGUGACUGCCCAUGGUAAAUUCUUUAACACCCUACAGGCGCAAGGGGAGAAAGCCUCCCUUUAUGUGAUCCGUUUAGAGGUGCAGCUCCAGAAUGCUAUUCAGGCAGGCAUCCUAGCUGAAAAAGAUGCCAACCAGACCCGCCUGCAACAGCUCCUUUUAGGGGCUGAGCUGAAUAGGGACUUGCACUUCAGGCUUCAGCAUCUUCUCAGAAUGUAUGCAAAUGAGCAGGAGCGCCUUCCCAAUUUCCUAGAGUUAAUCAAGAUGAUAAGGGAGGAAGAGGAUUGGGAUGACACUUUUAUUAAACCAAAGCGGCCCAAAAGGUCUGAACCAAUAAUGGAGAGGGCAACCAGCCCUGUAGCAUUUCAGGGGCCCCAGCCAAUAGCAAUUGCCAGUGCUGACUGCAACUGUAAUGUGAUAGAGAUAGAUGAUACCCUCGAUGAUUCAGAUGAGGAUGUGAUCUUGGUGGAGUCUCAGGACCCUUCACUGGCAUCCACAGGUGCCUCUCCCGUCACAGAGAGAGCCAGACCUCAUGAUCAAGUGCUGAUUAUUGAUUCCCCCAAUGAUUCUGGGGCUCAGUUUCCUUCUACCAGUGGUGGUUCUGUGCAUAAAGAUGGUUAUCCUGGUGAUAUGCGUAGAGCCAGGAAGCGAAAAUACACAAUCCACUGUUCAUAUUGUGGCAAAGAGGGCCACUCAAAAGAAACCUGUGACAAUGAGAACAACAAGGCCCAGGUUUUUGAGAAUCUGAUCAUCACCCUGCAGGAGCUGACACAUACAGAGGGGAAAUCAAAAGAGGAUCCUGGAGGACACCAUGACCAAUCAGGGGCACAGUAAGGUGAUAGAACCACCCCUAAAUAAAACCUUAACUAUAUUCAGAGUCUGGAAAUGGGAAAAAUGGGGUUGGGGCUCUAACUGCUGAAUUAAUCCACAAAGCAGUUCUCUUUUGAGAAGAUGUCUAGCAUAUAAGCAGUGUAAGGGGAGGGGUUAGUCUGACCUCUGUCUCUGCUAAUUCCUGUGCCCACCUAAGUGUCUUUUCUCUGUGUUUAUUGGUGACUUUAUUCUUUUCUGAAAAGAGUGUCUUUUGUUAAAUCUUUAAAAAAUAGAGGAAAAUACAAAAAUUAAAGUACAAAUUACCUGAACUCUCCACCCUUCCGUAACCAUUGUUAGGCCUUUGCUGAAUGUCAUUCCAGACAGUUCUCUGUACCUGUGUACCCAGAUAGCUGUGUAUGUAUAGAUAAAAGUGAUCAAAUAUAAGUGCUGUUCUGUGUAUUUUUUCACCAAACAAUGUAUCCUGUGGACUUCUAUGUCAAUGAAUAUAUAUAUAUAU